CGGAUUUCUGCUGUCUGCGCUGAGCACAGUGGCACCAGGCUGAGCUAAGCAGGGCCGCCCUGGGCAGGCCUACCUGGUGGUGCAGAAUGGAGCUGCGGCCCUACCAGAGGGAGGUGAUCAUGCCUGCCCUGGAGGGCAAGAAUAUCAUCAUCUGGCUGCCCACGGGUGCCGGGAAGACCCGGGCGGCUGCUUAUGUGGCCAAGCGGCACCUAGAGACUGUGGAUGGAGCCAAGGUGGUUGUAUUGGUCAACAGGGUGCACCUGGUGACCCAGCAUGGUGAAGAGUUCAGGCGCAUGCUGGAUGGACGCUGGACCAUGACAACCCUGAGUGGGGACAUGGGGCCACGUGCUGGCUUUGGCCACCUGGCCCGGUGCCAUGACCUGCUCAUCUGCACAGCAGAGCUUCUGCAGAUGGCACUGACCAGCCCUGAGGAGGAGGAGCACGUGGAGCUCACUGCCUUCUCCCUGAUCGUGGUGGAUGAGUGCCACCACACACACAAGGACACCGUCUACAACGUCAUCAUGAGCCAGUACCUAGAACUUAAAUUCCAGAGGGCACAGCCGCUACCCCAGGUGCUAGGGCUCACAGCCUCCCCAGGCACUGGCGGGGCCUCCAAGCUCAAUGGGGCCAUCAACCACAUCCUGCAGCUCUGUGCCAACUUGGACACGUGGUGCAUCAUGUCACCCCAGAACUACUGCCCCCAGCUGCAGGAGCACAGCCAACAGCCUUGCAAACAGUACAACCUCUGCCACAGGCGCAGCCAGGAUCCGUUUGGGGACUUGCUGAAGAAGCUCAUGGACCAAAUCCACGACCACCUGGAGAUGCCUGAGUUGAGUCGGAACUUUGGGACGCAGAUGUAUGAGCAGCAGGUGGUGAAGUUGAGUGAGGCUGGUGAGAGGGGCAGCCCUUCAGGCGGAGUCGAGGAUGUGGGAGUGGUCAGGGGCGGGGCCUGCCGCGGCAGAGACCUUUGGGGCGGGGCCUGCCUGGGUGGAGGCCUUCGGGGCGGGGCCUAUCCACUCCAGGGGCGGAGUCGAGUGGAACGGCCCUAUGGGGCAGGACAGGGGGCGGGGCUGUGGGCCGCUCAGACCCUGCGCCCUCUGCCCUCAGCGGCUUUGGCCGGGCUCCAGGAGCAACGGGUGUAUGCGCUUCACCUGAGGCGCUACAACGACGCGCUGCUCAUCCAUGACACCGUCCGCGCCGUGGAUGCCUUGGCUGCGCUGCAGGAUUUCUAUCACAGGGAGCACGUCACUAAAACCCAGAUCCUGUGUGCUGAGCGCCGGCUGCUGGCCCUGUUCGAUGACCACAAGAAUGUGCUGGCCCACUUGGCAACUCAUGGCCCGGAGAAUCCAAAACUGGAGAUGCUGGAAAAGAUCCUGCAAAGGCAAUUCAGGAGCUCUGACAGCCCUCGGGGUAUCAUCUUCACCCGCACCCGCCAGAGCACACACUCCCUCCUGCUCUGGCUCCAGCAGCAGCCGGGCCUGAAGACCCUAGACAUUCGGGCCCAGCUACUGAUUGGGGCUGGGAACAGCAGCCAGAGCACCCACAUGACCCAGAGGGACCAGCAAGAAGUGAUCUGGAAGUUCCGAAAUGGAACUCUGAACCUUCUGGUGGCCACGAGUGUGGCGGAGGAGGGGCUGGACAUUCCACAUUGCAAUGUGGUGGUGCGUUAUGGGCUCCUGACCAAUGAAAUCUCCAUGGUCCAGGCCAGGGGCCGUGCCCGGGCCGAUCAGAGUGUGUACUCGUUUGUAGCAACUGAGGGUAGCCGGGAGCUGAAGCGGGAGCUGAUCAACGAGGCGCUGGAGACGCUGAUGGAGCAGGCGGUGGCUGCUGUGCAGAAAAUGGACCAGGCCGAGUACCAGGCCAAGAUCCGGGAUCUGCAGCAGGCAGCCCUGACCAAGCGGGCGGCCCAGGCAGCCCAGCGGGAGAAACAGCGGCGGCAGUUCCCAGUGGAGCACGUGCAGCUACUCUGCAUCAACUGCAUGGUGGCCGUGGGCCAUGGCAGCGACCUGCGGAAGGUGGAGGGCACCCACCAUGUCAACGUGAACCCCACCUUCUCGAUCUACUAUAAUGUCUCCAGGGAUCCUGUGGUCAUCAACAAAGUCUUCAAGGACUGGAAGCCUGGGGGUGUCAUCAGCUGCAGGAACUGUGGGGAGGUCUGGGGUCUGCAGAUGAUCUACAAGUCAGUGAAGCUGCCAGCGCUCAAAGUCCGCAGCAUGCUCCUGGAGACCCCUCAGGGGCGGAUCCAGGCCAAAAAGUGGUCCCGUGUGCCCUUCUCCGUGCCUGACUUUGACUUCCUGCAGCAUUGUGCCCAGAACCUGUCGGACCUCUCCCUGGACUGACCACCUCAUUGCUGCAGUGCCCGGUUUGGGCUAUAGGGGGCGGGAGAGUCUGCAGCAGAGUCCAAGCCCCUCCUUCCUGAAUCAUCAGCUGUGGGCAUCAGGCCCACCAGCCACAGAGGAGUCUUGGGCACCCUGGCUUAGGCUCCCGCAACGGGGAAACAACUGGAGGGCCAGAGCUCAGCCCAGACCUACCUUGUACACACAUAGACACUUUCAUAUGCACUGGAUGGAGUUAGAGAAACUGAGGCAAAAUAAUUUGCCAUACUGUACUCGGAAUCAUGACAUUCCUUCCCUACCAAGGCCACUUCUAUUUUUUGAGGCUCCUCAUAAAAAUAAAUGAAAAAAUGGGAUAGAAAA